ACAAACAAACAAACAAAAACCCUCGGAUCCUUUCUCAAAACCCUAAUUGUUCCUUCAUCUAAGCUCUCUUCAUUUCUCCUUCUCUUUUCUUCAUUCUUACAGAUCUGUAGAGAUGAGAAGAACCACACCCAAAUCAAGAGGAAAAGCUCAUGUAACUGACAUGACUCCUUCUGAACGUCCCAAGGAUUUACCUGAAAAUUUCCCUAUAGAAUUUUCCUGGGAACUACCCCAAAAGAAUAAAAUGGUUUUGCUGGAAAUCAUUCAUCAAGGUUCUAUGGGAUAUUGUUGGACUAUCAGCUACAAUAGAAUGAUAGGUGCUCACUUAUACAUUCAUGGUAAAGUGAGGGUACUUUUGAGACUAUCGGCCAAGCAUUUAUAUGCACAUAUAAAGGAAAAGUUCUCCAAUGGGUUUUUAAAAAACUACAAUGGUCUAAAGAUUUUUCUCAAAGAUGAUGGUUUAAUAAGAGAGGAAGACUGUAAGUGCGUUUUGGUAAAUCGUGAAGGAGAAUAUAGCAGUUUGGCAUGUGACAAAGUGAAGGGUAGAAAGACCUUCAAAAUUCUGGAAUUCAAGGUUGUGGAAGGAAAAAAUAUUGAUGAAACAGAAAUCAUUCGUUUGUUGAAGACCAUUGGACUGAUAGCUGUCGAGAUUGAAGUCACUCAAGCCUAUUCAACCGAUUAUGUGGAUAUGUAUUAUGGGGCACCCAAAAACUCGCUCAAAUACAACCACAUCGUGUUACUAACUAAAUAUGCAACCGACUCGAAUGGAAUUUCAUACUUUUAAGUAUCAAAACACAUGGGGACGUAAAUGGGGAGAAGAUGGUUAUGGGAAAUUCGCAAGGAGAAUUAGCCUGCCUCCGGGGAGUCCAUCCCUCAUUAAGUCAUAUAUGUACCCUGUGCUUCUUGACGAAGUCAUCGAUGUGUAAGAGUGAGAAGUGAGAACCGCUAGUAAGUAUGUAGUUUUGUCCCAAAAAUUAUUUAUUUAAUUUACUAGAUUGGUAUUGUAUGAUAUGAGUACUAGCGAAAACAUUAAUAGGUUGCAAGAAUGAAUUUAUAUAUAUGAGAUUGAUUAAAUGUAUGCGAUGGGUCAUUAAAUGUAUGCGAAAACAUUAUGUAUGCGAUGGGUCAUUAAUUGGCACAAACAAAACAAUAAGGCCAAACGCAAAUAGUUAAAAACCUAGAGGGACUGCAGUCCAAUUUAUAAAGGGGAGUAGCUGAAUGCCUGAAUCUUAUCUUUUGGUUUGAUAUCCCUCUCCAUUCACUUGCCGAAAAAAAUUAUAGGGCUAGGGUUCUUGUAUUUUUGUUCAUAAAACACGCAAAGCUCCUUAGUUCGAUGGCGGAUGAUUUUCCAGAUUGGAGAACGAUGGUGCAUCCUGUAUAUUUGCUAUACAGGGAAGGUGAGUUUUCUCGGGAAAUCUAUUAUCCUUCUAUAAGACGCUGUGCGGAUGAAGACAAGGUAUCGGCGGAGGAAGAGUAUCGCAUCUUAAGGGAACAAGUCCAUGAGUCCGAGGGGUUUGACAUAGAUUUCACCAAGUUCCGCUGCGCUUUCAAUUACCUACCUGUUGAUCUCGAUGGAGACGACGUGUUUGGUGGUCCAGGAACCAACCGAGACUUUAUGGACAGGCUGUCUCUGGGUUCCCUAGAGAGUUUCAAUGAUCUUCACAGUACAAAUUAUGAAUUUGUCAAGGUUAUCAAAGUCAAUCAUCACUUAUCUGCUGGCAUGAUGUUUUACAUUACCUUUCAAGCUAAGCUGCCCUCCGAUGAUGUCUCUAAAGAGUUCCAAGCCAGGCUCUGCUAUUGCAGUCGUACCCCCGAUUAUAUCUCAUGCCAACUCAAACCUGAGAAAAGAGUCCACUCCAUUGAGGCUGCAGAUAAAGAAGAUCCCAAGAAACCAAGAUUGACUUGAGUGGAGCCAUCUAAUGUCUAAUACUGGAUCAGACGCAAGCACUCUUGUGAUAAAUUGACCGAGUCUAUGGUUAUGUAAUGACACUUGCUACUACUACCCUUUUGCUAUUUCCCCUGUUCGUUUCUUGUCUUUAGAAUCCCAAGUUCUCAUCAGACGCUUAUCUUAUCUUAUUAUAUUUUAAUCAAUGUAUUGACGGAGUCUAUGAUAUGUAAUGAUGACACUUGCUACUACUACCCUUACUAUU